AUGAGCGACGCCCUCAAGAUUGCCGUGGCGGCGGAGAUCAAGGGCCUCAUCCGGAAGCGCGGGAAGGAACCCGAUUGCAAGGCCGCUGUGCAGGCGUGCAAGGAUUCCGGAAUGCAGGUCCUCAAGCACGCCAAGGAAAUCUGUGCCGACCUGGACCCCCGACCGAAAGUUGACUUGAAGGAAGUCCGAAAAGCUCUUGCUGAGGAGAGCCGGCGCUACCAUGCCCAAAUCGCCGAGGAAGAGAAGCUGUGGGCUAUAGAGGAGCAGAAGUGCCUGGCGCUGGCGGAGAGCACCAAACGAUCGCAGGCAAAGGUACAGGCCCACAACGAGAAACAAGCGCACGGCCACGUGCCCUCGUUAACAGGCAACAAAGAAGUGCGUGCACUCCUGGAGCCGCUGGAUCAGGACGAGGAAGAAAGCGCGGCAGCUAACCCGUCCCUGGACGGGACCGAUACGUGCAAGCGGGUGUGCGACGAAAUUGUGGCGUCGACGAACCACAUGAUCCUCAACGCCACGGCCAUCGGGCGCUGUCUGCAGGAGAUGGGCUCCGGCGUCGCCGACGCCCAGGAGACGAAAGAGAGGCUGGCGCAAGUGUUCCGGCAGGUGUCCCUCAAGAGCUACCCUAACGUCAACGACCCUAAGGCGGGAAUCGCGGCGAUGCUCAAAUGACCUACCUCAUCGCCUGUUGUUGUUUUGCGAGCUUGAUGUUUCACACCAGGACAGGCGUUUUUUUGUCGAAAAGGAGCAUCUGAUGCUGCUCGAAAGUGUCCUGUCGAGAAACAGUUCCCCAUUGAUGUAUGAUCACCCGGUCUUGCGCUGGCAACCAAGCCCGAUGUUGCCUUGGAGAGGACUGUGAUAUCUUACGUCAUGCGGACGUACGUUGGUAUCUUCACCUCCCUAGCUUUUUCGAUGGCGUGAGUCCAGUAUUGGAUUCAAUCUUAGUCUUCUCUUCCCAUUCAUGAUGGCUCGGGGAUUCUGUCCUUCCAAAACCCUAAGAUAGAGUUUUAUCAUUCUAUCGCUUUUAGAGUGCUCUCCUCCAGAUUUACAUGUUUCGUCAGCCACCGAGCACACUGAAACGGAGCGAGGAUACAUACGUGUGGGCGGGGGCAUGGAGUAUUUCGUCGGGAGGGCACAGGCGUGGAAUGUCGGUAUUGUUUCACUCGCUUUGGGGGCGGGGGUUUUUCUCACGCGGAGCUGUUGCUGCGACCGCCGCUGCUCAGUUUUCGAUGCACUAUCUUCAACCAUUGCGUGCUUCGAUGCAUGGAUUCCGUUCGAGUGGGGAGGGACUCGCAGGGCGAGCACUGCGGCUGGAAGGGUCUCGCAGGAGCGAAAUCGUGAGGGAGGGGAGCUUCUCGUUCACCCAUGUGUUGUUUCGUGUUCACAAGUAGGUGGGUGGAGCUGUGUGCCGCUGUACACACGGUGGCUAUCGUGAGUUGUACCAUAGGGGUAAGCGGGGAGGUAGUAAGUAUUCCGUUCUUUGCAGUCCUUGGGAGUUGGCUGUUGGGCAGACCUCGAGAAGAACGGUUGUUUCGCCGCGGGCUAGCGGUACCCGGAGAGGGAGCGCAAGCGCGGGGUAGCUCUGGGUUGCUUGUUCCCUCCCGGCAAUGCACGAAGCAAGCUGUACAGGCGUUUUCUAUAUUUGUUGUAUUGUUGGUAGCAAAACAACGGCUUCUUGAUUUUGUUCAUACGCUGUCGGGCACGGUGCGGGGGGUGAGCUGGGGGGGAUAAUGCCUCUGCGAUAAAUCAGACCAGCGUGCUGUUGUAUUGGUUAAGAUGAGGAUAAUGCAAUCAACUACGGGAUCAACUCUAUCUCAGCGUCGAUGUGGCGGCUGCGUGGGCGCCGAUGCCUGUCGCUUUGGUGAGCUUGACAACACGUGAUUGUUGCAGUGUACAACAGCUCGAUCUCGGAGGUUUGCGCAGUUUCUCGGAUGCGUAAGAAGGUACCCGUAGAUACCACGUCGCCACCCGUACCUGAGGUUUUAAGAAAUUGAGGCCAGAUCCUUGAAAGGUUUGAACCCUUGGAAAGUCU